AUUCUUAGUGGAGUUCAUGAGCCACAGAACUUUUCUAAGGAUUUUCCUGGCGGGGUCGUGUGAUUUUUGUCACCAUCUUCAGCACCCAGGCCACCUGUUACACUUCUCCAACUUUCUAGACUUUGUAGAUGUCUAUUCAGAGAAUACAGGAUCAACCCUUUUAAGUUGCUUCACCAUGGCUUAUCGGGAUACAUUCUUCAACUUCUCUGAUGGCUGCCACUGUCUUCACUGCUUCCUAUUCUUCUCUAUCUCCCUGUUCUCACAGAAACAACAAGAACCAGAACAACUCAUUUAGCAGUUUUUCUUUUUCAAUAUGUUCCAGGAACAAACCAAGAAAAUCCCUCAAAUUCACAAUCAGAAAUGAGCAUGAAAGUGGAGCUAGAAAGAAGCUGUCUGUAUCAUCUUCUGCAAAGCACUCGUUUGGGCAAAACACCCAGAUUUCAUUCUCAAUUGUGACAAGAGAAAAUUUGUCACAGCCUAUUAAAUUCUCAGUUAAAGAUGAGCAAGAAAGUGAGAAGACUUCAUCUUCUGUGGCUGUGGUUACUGAAGAGAAUGAGAGUAUAAAAAGGGCGAGUGAAGCCUCUGGCCACGAAAUGGGAACGAGCAAGGAAACUGAUUCGGAGGAAGAAAAAGAGAAACAACAAGAAAUGGAUUGGAAGACAGAUGAGGAAUUCAAGAAGUUUAUGGGAAAUCCCUCGAUUGAGGCAGCAAUAAAGCUGGAGAAGAAGAGAGCUGAUAGGAAGCUCAAGGAACUUGACAGGCAAAGUAGUGAUAAUCCAAUUAUGGGAUUCUUUAAUAGCUUAGUUCGUAAUAGUUUGGCUAGAGAGAAGGAGCGGCUGGAGAUGGCUGAGGAGACUUUUAAGGCCCUUGAUCUCAAUAAGCUAAAGAGCUGUUUUGGAUUUGAUACAUUCUUUGCAACGGAUGUUCGAAGAUUUGGUGAUGGAGGGAUUUUUAUUGGAAAUUUAAGAAGACCAAUUGAUGAGGUCAUUCCUAAACUGGAGAAAAAACUGUCUGAAGCAGCAGGGAGGGAGGUCGUUGUAUGGUUCAUGGAGGAAAAAAAUGAUGAAAUUACAAAACAGGCUUGUGUGGUGCAACCAAAGUCAGAAAUGGAUCUCCAGUUUGAGUCAACCAAGCUGAGUACACCCUGGGGUUAUCUGAGUGCUGUAGCUUUAUGUGUUGCAACUUUUGGGACCAUAGCUUUGAUGAGUGGCUUCUUCCUUAAACCAGAUGCAACUAUCGACGACUACAUAGCUGAUGUUAUUCCCCUUUUUGGUGGUUUUCUCUCCAUUUUAGGAGUUUCUGAGAUAGCAACAAGAGUUACAGCAGCUCGUUAUGGUGUUAAACUCAGCCCAUCUUUUCUUGUUCCAUCCAAUUGGACAGGAUGCUUGGGGGUCAUGAAUAACUACGAAUCCUUGCUUCCGAACAAAAAAGCUCUUUUUGAUAUUCCAGUGGCACGCACAGCCAGUGCAUAUUUGACAUCAUUAGCGCUGGCAAUUGCUGCUUUUGUAGCUGAUGGUAGUUUCAAUGGUGGCGAUAAUGCCUUGUAUAUAAGGCCACAAUUCUUCUACAAUAAUCCCUUACUUUCCUUUGUCCAAUAUGUUAUUGGACCUUAUACAGAUGACCUUGGAAAUGUAUUGCCUUAUGCAGUGGAGGGUGUGGGGGUUCCUGUUGAUCCCCUUGCUUUUGCUGGACUUUUAGGAAUGGUGGUGACAUCUUUGAAUCUGUUGCCCUGUGGAAGACUUGAAGGCGGUCGCAUAGCGCAAGCUAUGUUCGGAAGAAGCACAGCUGCUGUGCUUUCUUUUGCAACAUCCCUGUUGCUGGGCAUUGGUGGUCUAAGUGGAAGUGUCCUGUGUCUGGCCUGGGGAUUAUUCGCAACCUUUUUUCGAGGCGGUGAGGAAGUACCUGCUAAAGAUGAGAUUACUCCUUUGGGAAAUGAAAGAUAUGCUUGGGGCAUUGUUCUUGGCCUUAUCUGUUUCCUCACUCUUUUCCCCAAUGGAGGAGGAACAUUCUCCAAUCCAUUCUUAAGUGACCCAUUUUUCAGGGGUGAUCUGUAAGAUGCUUCCAUGCUUGUGCAUGUAAUUUUUAAACGUUUCAAGGAUAAAUGUAUAUUUCUUUACAUCUUUCAA